UUUAAAGCUUAUAAAAUGUGUUCAUGUUAUUUCAGCUGGGAAGUCUUGAGGUUCCUUCUGUCUAAUUUGAGGAUGUGGAUUGAAGACUAUCGCUUUGAUGGGUUCCGCUUUGACGGUGUUACAUCUAUGUUGUAUCACCAUCAUGGGAUUGGCACAGGGUUCAGUGGAGAUUACAACGAGUAUUUUGGCCUACACGUGGAUGAAGAUGCUUUGUGCUAUCUGAUGCUGGCCAAUCACAUGAUUAAGUUCUUGCAUCCGGAAUGCAUAACCAUAGCAGAGGAUGUUUCUGGAAUGCCAGCACUUUGUCGUCCUGUCGAAGAGGGAGGAGGGGGCUUUGAUUAUCGACUGGCCAUGGCUAUCCCAGACAAGUGGAUACAGAUAAUUAAAGAGCUGAAAGAUGAAGACUGGAAUAUGGGCAAUAUUGUGCAUACAUUAACAAACAGACGGCAUGAAGAAAAGUACAUUGCUUAUGCAGAGAGUCAUGACCAGGCACUUGUUGGUGAUAAGACAUUGGCUUUUCGACUGAUGGAUGCGGAGAUGUACACAAACAUGAGCGUGCUCAUGCCUCUUACGCCGGUGAUUGAUCGUGGGAUACAGCUUCAUAAAAUGAUUCGUCUCAUUACUCAUGCACUCGGAGGGGAGAGCUAUCUGAACUUCAUGGGUAACGAAUUUGGACAUCCAGAAUGGCUUGACUUCCCCAGAAUAGGGAAUAAUGAGAGCUACCACUAUGCCAGGAGACAGUUUAAUCUUACUGAGGAUGAUCUUCUUCGCUAUAAAUUCCUAAAUGCCUUUGAUAGAGAUAUGAAUAGACUGGAGGAAAGAUUUGGCUGGCUUGCAUCUCCCCAGGCUUACGUGAGUGAAAAGCAUGAAGCCAAUAAGGUCAUAGCAUUUGAGAGAGCAGGUCUUGUUUUUAUUUUUAACUUCCAUCCAUAUCAAAGUUACGUGGACUACAGAGUGGGUAUUGAAACUCCAGGAAAGUAUAAAAUCCUUCUGGAUUCUGAUGCUGGAGAAUAUGGAGGGCAUCAAAGGCUGGACCACAAUACAGAGUUUUUCUCUGAAGCAUAUCCUCACAAUUAUCGACCUAAUUCACUUAUGCAAUUCAAUUCACAGACCACCUUCAGCGACCCCCCCAGAGGAUGCCACAUGCACCAGUUAAAGGUGUACAUUCCAAGCAGAGUGGCCCUUGUGCUUCAGAAUACGGAUAUCCCAAAAUGAAGUUCUCUGUAACUACCACUGAAGAAGCAAGUCAGAGAAGAAGUGCUGAAACGCUGUACUAGUUCUAAGUAUAACAAAACUUGCUCUAAGGAGGCUUUCUGAAACUGAGUAUAGUAAUAUUAGGUGUUUAAAAUGUAAGAUUAAUAUUCACAUGUAAUUGCAGAGCUCUUGACUUGCUAGACCCUCUUUUGAGGAAACUCUACAAAGAGGCAGAAAGGAAAAUGUUGGGUUUGUAGUUCUAGUAGUACAAAAUUACACUUAAGGUGUUGCAAAGCAGCAGGUAUUCUCAAUUAAACUGUUGUUUACAGAAUUUUAUCAGGAAUAAUAAGAGUGAUCCUGCUCCAAAGUUUGUAAUUUCUUGUAAUCCUCAUUUUGAUAGUGAAUUCAAAUGUUCAUGAUAUAUGAAUGCUUCUUACUAAAAGUAAGUAGUUUGCUUAAAUAAAACAGAAGUUUUUGGCUAAAAGGCAGCCUUAAUGGUUUGUGGGACCUAAUUUGAGGCUCCUCUUCUUCAAUGAAGUCCAGCAUGGAAUUAGAAAUGUUUACCCAAAUGGAUGAGAAGGUCCUCUGAGAGUAUUGUACUUUGCCAUUUUUUAUUUAAUUAAAAAAUGCACAAAUAUGACAAACAGCAAAAUGAGCACGGCUAUUGACUGGUGACCUGGCUGAUGCUCUUGUUGUGUGUUGCUUAUUUGCUCCCACCCAAAUCACUGAGUUUGUGCACCUCACUUGCUACAGCUGGACAAAAAUUACACGGCUAUUUUAUUUAGGUCACUAAAAUGUUCAGUGAGAAGCGUGUUUUGUUCUUACUGCAAUGUUACCACACUGGAAGAUGUGCUUAAAGUGUAGUUCUUCCCACUGGAUUUUAUUUCACUAACAUCAGGACCUUGCAACACUGAUUUCACUACUUCCAGAAGCUGCCUUUCAGCUUGGAACAUGAUGAUGUUCUUGCACUUUUGUAACUUUUGAAACAUUGCUUCUCAUGAAGAAGCAGUCUCAAAAUACAGUGAUCAAACUAAGGUUUUUUUCUUUGAUUAAAAUUAAGGUAGUUAAUUAUUGGAGUGCUGCUAAGGUAAUUCAAGUGAGUUCCUUCGUGAGCUACAACUUUUUUUGUAAAGAGUAAGAUUUUGUAUAUUUGAAAAUGUAUUGCAGAGUAUUCUGGAAAAUUAAUACCAAAUUAACGAGACAUGCUGUAUUUUGUUCCAUUAAUUUAAAAAUUUGAAUUGGUUCUGAAAUGAAUGUCUUUUGUACAAAUCUGAAUUUUCUAACUUUUAAAAUAGCCAAAGAGGAAGAUGUCCGUGACCAUUUCCAAGUCAUAAUUUUACCCAGUUUCCUUUGUGAGCCAUUGUGUAAAUUAUUGAAUAGUUGUGCCAACACUGAAAAUCUAUUCCCAGUUCUUGGAAUGCUUACUUGUGGCUUACUUCUGAAGCAAAAUAAGGGAUGGAAUAAUGCAGCAUGAUGGAAAACAGUCUCUUGCAGAGUUCACACUGAGAGGACUUUGUGAACAUCCCCAGUCUGAUAUGUUCUGUGUGACAGAGAACCUUGUAUUGCAGUUGGGUACUACAGGAUCAUGCUUCAUUUCCCUCUACACCAGUUUGAUCAUUGUUUGGUUGUGGGCUAAUAAAAGCAUUCCUGUUACGCUAUGACUUUAAAUAAAAUAUACAGAACUGUUUUAGCAACUGGAACUGAUUAUCUUUGGUUUUUUUUCCCAGAUUGUUUUCCUUGUAGUGAAAUAACGAGCAACUUCUAAUGCAUGUUAUAUUUACAUUGUAUUGAUCUAAUAUGUUUUAUAGGGUGAUUUUUUUUUUUUUUUUUUACUGGCACCAGUUCCAGGUUUCAAAAUGUAAUGCAAGGUGUCUGUGUCAAACCUUUUUCUCAAGAGAAGGAAUAAAUGUAUGAUGUGAAGUAUAAACUGUAAAACUACAUGCGAAAUAAACUCUGAGGAGGAGAAAAUAAAUUCA